AUGACCACAAAUACCACAAAACUCAUGAGGAGUGCCACUCUAACCACUACUCGUUCAGUGAAUGGUGCGACAAUUGUGUUGGGUUUGCACGUACCAAGAUCAUUUCAUACGAGAAGGCCUAGCAUUACCAACGCCUGUACCAACACUUACGAGCCGUUGGACACCAGUGUCUUAAACGAUGAGAAGUGUUGGAAGACAUGUGGAAAAUGCAAAUACUGUAAUGCAUUGCUCUCCAAGUUAUUUGUAUUAUCGGCGCCAAUCAGACACAGCUAUAUAUUUAACAAAACGACUACAACUGACACAAAACUACAUGUUUUUAACGAAGAGCUCACAGAAAAGAGUUCGGAUUCAUGUCCUGAAACACAUACAAAAAGCAUUGGGUUUGCAAUAAAUGCCAAAUCGGAUCCAAUCGAUGAUAUAUGCAAAGAGUUGCAAAAUGCCUCCAUUCAGUACGUCGAUCGACUCAACCAUUUGUUAGGUCUGUCUCUCGUCGAGACAGAUCCGGAUGAGGCGAUGAAGUGCUGGUCAUCGGCCAAAUCCAACCCGAAGACGUUGUUUAAUAUGGGAGUG